AACAAAGGGCAAACAAAAAAAAAAAAAAAAACCAAUCUCACCAUCGCUGCGACAUGACAAUCAGUGGCAUCGUCGCCUUUAAUAUUGAUUUUCGGAUUUUAUCUUCCACUGGUCAAACUCAUACUCCAUUUCUUUCAAAACCCUUCAAUUCUCUCCUCUCCCCCACCUCCAUUUCGACCUCAAUUCACCCUCCUCUUGCUGCUCGCUGCUCCUUCUCCUCCUCCUCCUCCUCCUCCAUCGCUUCUUUCGAUAUGGAUAAUGGUGCAGGUCUCAGUUUAUAUCCACUACAUCGGUGCAAAACAGUUCACCUGGUCAGGCAUGCACAGGGGAUCCACAAUGUUGAUGGAGAUAAGAGUUAUAAAGCAUAUAUGCGUCCUGAGUUUUUUGAUGCUCACAUUACUCAGCUUGGAUGGCAGCAGAUUGAUAAUUUGCGUAAGCAUGUUCAUGCAUCUGGUCUUUCCAGGAAGAUUGAUUUGGUUGUAACAUCCCCUUUGCUCAGGACUCUACAAACUGCUGUUGGAGUAUUUGGUGGCGAAGGCUAUACAGCUGGAAUGGACGUGCUGCCCCUAAUGAUUGCAAAUGCCGGCAAUAGUGCACGAGCUGCAAUUUCAAGUCUAAACUGCCCACCUAUUGCUGCUGUUGAGCUUUGUCGUGAACAUUUGGGAGUUCAUCCUUGCGACAAGAGGAGAAACAUCAGUGAUUAUCAAUUCCUCUUUCCUGCAGUUGAUUUUUCACUGAUAGAAAGCGACGAGGAUGUAUUGUGGAAGGCUGACGUUAGAGAGACAAAGGAAGAACUGGCAGCCAGAGGAUUGCAGUUCCUGAAUUGGUUGUGGACGAGGAAGGAGAAGGAGAUAGCCGUUGUUACUCAUAGUGGAUUUUUGUUUCAUACCCUAACUGCUUUUGGAAAUGACUGCCACCCUUUGGUGAAAAAGGAAAUAUGCAAACACUUUGCAAAUUGCGAGCUUCGAUCUAUUGUCAUAGUUGAUAGAAGUAUGCUUGGGUCGGAUUCCUCAACAACUAAUUAUCCUGGAAAGGUACCUCCGGGGCUGGAUAAUCCUAGUGAUGCCGUGGAUGAUAACAGCAUGAAGGAAGACAAACGACCAGUUGAUUCGGAACCAAAGGAACACGAAAAUAUGUAAGUCUGAUACGACUAUAGACAGCGGGAUAUUCAAAUGUUGAGUGUCAAUUAUACAAACAAGUAUUUUUGAAACUGCCUUAUCUAGACUCAGCGCAACACUUAACUAUUUACUUCAGAUUUCUGCAUUUCAAGAAAUUUGUGCUUUGAGGAUUUGUCCAAUUCUGAACAAGUGAUACCCAUUUCAUUGCAGUAGAACUACAAUGUCAACACUCAAUAUAUGAAUUUCAUUUCCUUUUUCUUUUCUCA